AUGGAAACACUGGGAAAUACGUCGGAUCCAAUAAAUGGGUUGCCGGAGCCGGAUUUUAAGGGAGUGGGCAGUUCAGGAAGCGGACUCGACAAUGUCGGUUUGGAGGGUGAUGUAAGUUGGGUAUAUGAAAUGGCUUGGUAUGGUGAAGCUGUAAGAGCUGAUGGAUAUGUAUGCGAGGAACAUCCUGCCAAGUUGUCUUCCGAUGGUGUUUGGGAGAAACUGAUUUACGAAGGACAUGGUAUUCGCUUUUGGCAUUAUCGUCUUCCUAAUCUAGAGUUGGUCAUAUUGAUUGUGUUCAUCCUCUGGCAAUUCUUUAACAUCUUGUUCAGGAAAAUGGGUCUUAAGAUUCCCAAGUUCACCUCUAUGAUGCUUGCGGGGUUACUAUUGAACGUUCUACUUAUUAUUUCGGGAAACACGUCGGUUAUUCAAGAGUUAUUGUUCCCUAAAAAUAGAGUCGAUAUUCCGGGAUGCCUUGGAUCAUUUGCCUUCAUGAUAUUUUGGUUCCUCAAGGGUGUGAAAAUGGACGUGAAGAGAAUCCUCAAGGCUGAAGCAAAGGCAAGAGUAACUGGAGUUGCUGCGGUUAUUUUCCCUAUACUAGUUGGUGCCGCGAUUUACAUGUCAAAAACAGUUUCGGAACGAACGCUCCUAGCCAAACCGUAUCACCAUUUGUUGCUAAUGGAGAGCCUCACGUCUUUUUCGGGAAUCGCAAGGCUCUUGAGAGACCUCGACAUGAACCACUCAUCUCUUGGUCGGGUGGCUUUAUCCGCAGCCUUAGUCUCUGAUAUGGUGGGACUCUCCUUCAUGCUGGCAUUGAUUCCUUAUCUUACGCCAAGUGCUAUUGGCAUUUUUUUACUUAUAGAGGUUUUUUUCUAUCUCUUCCUCUGUUUUGGUGUUGCGAGGCCCAUCAUGUUAAAGAUAAUCAAAAGAAAACGUGAAGGGAGACCCAUCGACGACAAGUACAUCUACGGGAUCAUCAUCAUGGUUUGUUUAGCGUGUAUGUAUUGGCACGAUAUCGACCAGUUUCCUGCACUUGGAGCCUUCAUAUUUGGUCUCGCCAUUCCCAAUGGACCUCCUAUUGGUUCUGAACUGGUUGAGCGUCUAGAGAGCUUCAACUUUGGUCUUAUAUUGCCUCUCUUCGUUACAUCCAGUAUGCUCAGGACUGAUAUCAGCGCUUGGAAAGAUUGUUUUAGCGAGGACCGGAAAUUCGCGGUUGCGUCUCUCAUCGUACUCGUCUUCUUGUUGAAGCUCUCCGUCACAGUGAUCGUACCUUACCUCUAUAAAAUGCCACUGAGAGACUCUGUCGUUCUUUCCCUUAUCAUGUGCAAUAAGGGUAUCAUCGAACUAAGUUUCUACCUAUUCUUGUACAGCGGCCAGCUUUUGACCAGAGAUACCUUCUCGAUCCUAGCCUUGUCCAUCGUCCUCAACUCCUUCAUCAUACCAAUGACGAUCGGAUUUCUCUACGACCCAACGAAGCAAUUCUUGUGCUACCAAACUAGAAACUUAGCAAUUAUGAAAAACACUGGAGAGCUAAAGACUCUUGUAUGCAUCCAUAGACCGGACCACAUAUCUUCCAUGAUCAACCUUCUAGAAGCUUCUUAUCAAUCCGAGGAGAGCCCUCUUACUUGCUACGUACUUCACCUCGUCGAGUUACAAGGUCAAGAUGUCCCCACUUUGAUCUCACACAAAGUCCAGAAACUUGGAGUCGGGACGGGGAAAACAUACUCGGAAAACGUCAUCCUCUCUUUCGAACAUUUCCACCGUUACGUGUGCAGUUCCAUUUCCAUCGACACGUUCACAUGCAUCGCAAACCCCAGCCACAUGCAAGAUGAUAUUUGUUCGCUAGCUCUCGAUAAAACCGCCACGCUUAUCAUUCUUCCUUUCCACCGGACUUGGUCUCUCGACCGAACAUCCAUCGUCUCCGACAGUGAAAUGAUCAGAUUUCUCAACUUUAACGUCAUGAAACAAGCUCCUUGUUCUGUCGGCAUCCUUAUCGAACGACAUCUUAUGAAAAAACAAGAUCUUCAAGAAAACCUCAAGGUUUGUGCUAUAUUUGUGGGAGGAAAAGACGAUAGGGAAGCAUUGGCCUUCGCGAAGAGAAUGGCUCGUCAAGAGAACGUGAUACUUACCGUUCUACGCCUCCUAGCAGCAGGAAAGAACAGAGAAACGACAGGAUGGGACCAAAUGCUUGACACCGUGGACCUAAGAGAGGUGAUGCGAAGCAAUGAACCAGGAACGCUAAAAGAAGAAGUUUCAACAAUUUACUUGGAACAAGAGAUAGCAGAUGGAGCAGAUAUGUCAAUGCUUCUACGUUCCAUGGCUUUUGAUUACGACCUUUUUAUUGUUGGAAGAACAUGCGGUGAGAACCACGAGGCAACCAGAGGGAUAGAGAAUUGGUGUGAGUUUGAGGAGCUUGGAGUCAUUGGUGAUUUCCUGGCCUCACCAGAUUUCCCGAGCAAAACAUCCGUGUUAGUAUUUCAACAACAACGAACGGUUAGCCAAUAA